GUAUUGAUCAGUUAUUUGAAAAAGCAUCUCAUAUUUCAGAACAYGGACGGGUGUAUGGGAGACAAGAAGCUCCACGCAUGGAGCCAUCAUCAUCAUCGUCAGCUCACAGAACAYGGGCAGACACCUUUCUGUGGAGCGAUGUGUGGUUCUCACCUUUGGUUCUACCGCGGACCCUGCUGCUUAUGCUCCUCCUUUUCUKUGGUAGUGUAGGGCUCAAUCCAGCAUACCAGAGUGCGUUCGUAAAUGCCACGAAUUUARCGGUUGGCCCCAUAUUCAAUCUGCUGGAGAACAGCUUUGUGACUUCCAUCCCAGAAGAAGUGUACGAUCUCCGUCAUAUCAUUGUCCCAGAUGCUGGUGGCAAGGGUUAUGCAUGUGCUUGGGGUUAUAUCUCGUUCAAUGGGUUGUCAACCGAUAACCCGAUUGCUAAAUGGGGCCAGAUAUGGGAGUUUGACCUGAACGUUAGGACGGUCUCAGUCCUCUGUGGCUCGAAGGUAAAAGGGCAAAGCGUUGAUGGAAACGCAACAACGGCAGCGUUCUUUGGGCCUACUGCUGUUGCGCUUUCUGCUAACAAGUCAGAACUGUAUGUGGUAGAGUUUUGUACUGACAUGAUCCGCGCUGUGAACCUCACUUCGCCAGAGAAGAACACGCGACCCUUGGUCAAGUUCACGGGCACCCCGAAUUCGAUCAAAGCGGCCUUCUACAUGCCUGGCAGUCGCCUCAAUGCUUCGUCUUUGCCGAGGA